AUGCAUAGUCUGGCGCUUCGUUUAAAGUUUAAAGAACGAGUACACGGAUAGAUAACACCGGGUGUGCGAAGGCGACGGAGACAGAAAGUUGCAGGUUACAAGCAAGCCAGUCUGCCGUCGGCCCGCGCUCGAGCCGCAUGCCCGUAGCGCUCCGCUAUCGGAACUUGUACCCAACAUGAACGUCUCGCGUUACGCUGCUCGCUCCGCCUCGCCGAGUCGCCGAUAAAAUCUGCGAAUCCGAUAUUCGGCCGAUAGUGAGACAACAUUAGUGUUACGAGAACGCUCGCCGACCAUGUGAUCGCUCCCCGCCGAUGGGAGCGAAAACCGAACAAAAAAGCCGCCUGCUAAUGUAUCCCGGCAACAAAAAAGGGAUAAAAAGGCUAUUCCUGGAAUGCGCACAUGUCGACGCCGGGUAACAGGCAGCUACUGAUCCUGCAGUGUCGUCGAGAUGCCCCGCAGGAGUAAGUGGAUGCAUCUGGUGGCGGGCGUCGUCGCCGGCGUCACCCUCGGGGUCUUCCUCAAGCUCUGCUUAAAGCCAUCCUCGAGGACCUCUAUAGAAGCAUGUGAAGCAGCCAAACUGAUAUCGCCAGACCCGCUGGCUUUAAUAGAUUUAAGCCCGGAAGAGACUAUCCAGAACUCCAAUAGGAGUUUAGUGUUUGUAGGAGUGAUGACUGCCGAGCAGUAUUUGAAUACUAGAGCGAAGGCUGUGAUGGAAACGUGGGCCCAGGACUUGCCCGGUCGGAUAGCGUUUUUCAGUUCAGAGGUGUCUCGAGCCCCGGGGCUUCCGCUGGUGCCGCUGCGGAAUGUGGACGACAGCUAUCCGCCACAGAAGAAGUCAUUCCUCAUGUUGUUAUACAUGUACGAGAAGUUCGGUGAUAGGUUUGAGUGGUAUAUGCGCGCGGACGAUGACAUUUACGUGAGAGGUGAUAAGUUGGGUGAAUUUUUGCGCUCGGUGGACAGUAGGAAGCCACAGUUCAUUGGUCAGGCGGGAAGAGGGACUAACGAUGAGCGUGACGCUUUGGCUUUGGAUUAUAAUGAGAACUUUUGUAUGGGCGGGCCGGGAGUGAUGAUGUCGAGGGAGACAUUGAGGAGGGUGGCCCCUCACGUGAAGUACUGUUUGAAACACCUGUACACGACACACGAGGAUGUGGAGCUGGGAAGGUGCGUGGCCAAGUUCGCCGGGGUGUCAUGCACGUGGAGCUAUGACAUGCAGACGAUUCUACACCACAACGGCAGCGGCGCAGCAGCGUACACCGGGCGUCUGAAGAAACGCGAGGUGCACCGAGCUAUUACUCUGCAUCCUGUGAAGGACCACCGCCAUAUGUACAGACUGCAUACUUACUUUAAGAACCUCCGUAUCCAAGACACCCGUGAGCUAUCAGUAGACCUGCACAGAGAUAUAGCGAUGUGCAUGAAGGAGUUGCAUGUACCGCAAGAGCAAGUGGCGGACUACAUGCUUCCAGGGGACGUGCCUCUCUUCCCUGCCAAGAUCGGAGACAAGGACUACGCGGGAGACAACUCCAUAUUAGGUGCCCCCAUCGACAUGAGCCGAUAUCAACCGACGACUCUGAAUGACAUACUGACGUUCGACUUCAUCAGCAAGUCGAUAUAUUCCACCACACACUCCAACCCGAAGAGAAGGAUUGAGUCCCCGCUGAAAGAGGCGUUGGACGAUGUUAUUCGAGAAGUAAUGGAAAUAAUUAACGCGCCAUCAAGACAGCGCGGUCGAGUAAUCGACUUCAAUGAGCUUCUAUACGGCUACACGAGAUUGGAUCCGCUGCACGGAGCUGAUCAUAUCCUUGACCUGCUGCUCCGGUACAGGAGGUAUCGAGGACGCAAGAUGACUGCUGCUGUUAGGAGGCAUGCUUAUCUGCAGCAGACGUUUACUGGGAUGGAGAUAAGAGAACUUCCAAUGGGAGAGCCAGCACCGAACGAGGACCCUGAGUUGUCGGACAAUGCCGACGCAAAGGAUCCCAUGGACUACGACUUUGACGAGUCUAGUCAGCAGCAGAAUAGCUUCCUCGACUUCGGGAGAUUGGGGGUCAAAGAGGCUCUAGAAACGGGACUAAUGAAGCUCCAGAAUUUACCUAAAGUUCUCAAAUGGAGCGACGCAGAUAUAGAAGAGUAUCCUGUGUAUAGUAGAAUAAUCAAUUUUAUACUGCCCCUUAUGGGCAGGCAAGAAAUCUUCGGACGUUUCAUGAAAAAUUAUGAGGACAUUGUCCUAAAAACUGACGAGGCUGUGACGUUAAUAGUCGUACUAUAUUUAGACAGUAAGAAUCCGUUGGACUACGGAAAUACGGAAUCCCUUGUAACCUAUUAUAAGGAUUUAUAUGGGAAAGAGAUUAAAGUCGUCCGAAUGGGAUCGACGACAUUUUCAAGAGGCGCUGCGCUCACAGAAGGACUGAAGCAGUGUUUAGACGACGACUUAGUUUCCUUUAUAGACGUCGACGUAAUGUUCAAUUUCGAAAGUCUUAGGCGGAUAAGGAUAAACACAAUCAAAUACAAUCAAGUGUACUUCCCUAUAGUGUUCAGCGAAUAUGAUCCGGACGUUGUUAAUGGAGAGGACUAUAACAAAUUCAAAGGUGAAACGUUCGUAAUAAAUAGUGAUUUAGGUAAGUACGUGGACAGUUCCGAAAGUGGUGCUAAAUCGGAGCGAGAACUCACUAAUUUGAAAUACAGUAAAGAGGUACAUGACGACUAUGGGUACUUUAGGCAAUACGGUUUUGGUAUACUAAGUAUAUUUAAGAGGGACUUUGAAAGGGUGGGCGGGUUCGACCUUACCAUUAAGGGUUGGGGGUUGGAAGACGUUCAAUUAUUUGAAACUAUGAUCAAGUCGAAUUUGACUGUGUAUCGAGGUCCAGAUGACAGUUUGGUGCAUAUCUUCCACUCGGUAGACUGUGAUAAGCAUUUGGAGAAGAGUCAGUUUUUGAUGUGCCUAGGGACGAAGGCUUCGACUCAUGGUAAUGACAAGCACAUGACAUAUUACAUGUUGAACCACCCGGAUGUGCUGUGGCCAGACGCGGAGAAAGGUGCUAGCUAGUAUAGGGUUCAGGCUUAGCUUAUUUAAUAACUAUUAAGAGUCCCCUUUUGUGAAGGGGUUGUAUGUAAUUAAUAUUACGUCUACUCAAUCUGCAUUUGGUAUAACUAUUACGAAAGUCAAAUGUAUAUUAUAUAGUUUUUUAGUCAGUUUUAUUGAAUUAUCAUUUUUAGUUUUUUUUUUUGACGGACUUGUGAUAAAAAUAAAAUUUUAGAAAAUAAUGUAAAUAGAUAUUAACGGGCAAAAUUUUCGAGUAAUAUACCACAAGUAAUUAAACGUUUAAAUUUUUUUUUAUGAGGAAUGCUACAUGAUAUCGUGUAGGUGGUUUUGUUUUAUCGCAAUGAACAAGUUUUAGUUUAGUUAAGUAAGAAACAUGGCUUUUUAUUUUUACUAAGAGAUUCCUAGUCUGAAGUCAGAUCAUAUAAAACUCGACUUUAGUAAUGUUUCAUUAUACCUACUAAGCAUAAUUCUCUAUUUCUUUUUGUUAAAACGGUAUAACCAUGAAAACAUACGUAAACAAUUUAAAGCAUUUAUUUAAUUAUGAAUGUCAGUGGAAAAGUAGUCUUUCCAUGUAAUCAUUACCAUAAAACAUUUUCAGCUGCGGUUCCACUAGAGAUGUACUAGGAUGCGUAGCACGUAUCCGGAGGAAACGCAGCCUUUUAAUAAGAAUCAUCUGUUAUCAAGGGCAUUAAAGCAACAUGAAAAAACCACUUAUCCAUGUUGCUUUAAUAUACCUACUAAUGAACAUUUCUUUGCUGGUGUCAACUGCGAUAGCCGUUACAAUGUGUGCCCGCUAAGUGGGCUCUAUGGCGUAGCCUUAUCUAUGGCUACCUAUAGCAACAACCCGCCUAGAGAGUUGUCGGGCAUCUGAGUAAAAAAAUACGAGCGCCCACUAAUAGGGCUCCUGGCAGUGAAUGUAUUAACAGCGUCAAAUUCACUUAGGUAUAAUUGUUCCUAUAGUUAGACAAAUAAAUAUUAAAUUACGGUACUACUAACUGUACCUACUUGAUAAUAAGUGGAUGAAUACUAUCAAUAACUUCUUAGAGCAAGCAAUAUAAGAUUACUGCCGUAAAUAUGACAAUAGGUACCUAGUUUAUAAGAACUUUUGAAUAAAAUUUAGUUAUUAAAUUCAGAAAAGUGGAAAAUAUUAGCUCAUACCCGGUGAUCAGAGAUGUGACUUAUUUGAAAUACUUACUUGUAUUUAAAAUGCAAAUACAAAAUGCAAAAUACCUAUUUUUUUUGUAUUUUGUAUUUAAAUACCUUUUGAAGAAAACUAUUUUGUAUUUUAUUUGAAAUAGUUUUUGGGACCUAUUUUCUAUUUUCAAAAUACAAAAUACUUUAUAUAUACAAUCUCGUCUGAUGUUAAAAUCCUAGCAACUCUCUCAUUCUUUUAACAUGGAACUGUUGAAUCUGUUUAGUAACGUCGCACAUGACCACAAGCGUAGCGAAUGGUUAAAAAAGUGGAAUCUUGAGUGUUGCGCGGGUUUCAAGGCACGAGAGGAGAACAAACUUUUCUGCCCUGGUGAAACACAAACGAGACGUUUUCAUCACACCAACGAGAGGCAUUAUACUAGCUGUAAAACAUUACAAAUCUAAAUUAAUGAUUUUAAAAAUUGUCCAUUAAAAACCAUCAGCCAUCCAUCCUACCGAUUAAUAUGAGCAAACUAGAAAUUUGCACUUUAGAUAGUGGACUGAUUGACACACUGUUUUCAAAGAAUAAAGAGAGUCUUUUCAACUCGGAUAUUCUGAGUAAUACUUUUUAAUUCAGACUAGGUAUUCACUACUCAGAGUACCUUUUAUCGCAAAGUAUUUGUAUUUUUAAAAAGUAUUUUGAAAAUACCUAUUUCGUAUUUUGUAUUUUAAAUACAAAUUCAAAAACUAUUUUGUAUUUUAUAUUUGAAAUAGUAAUAUCAAGGAAGUAUUUGUAUUUUGUAUUUAAAUACUUUUUAUAAAGUAUUUUUCACAUCUCUGCCGGUGAUGCUCUUUAAUAUCUUGAUUAAGCGCAUUGGAUUUAUUCUUUCAAUUGUUAGCCAACCAAAUUACCUAAUGAGGUUAUUAAACCGAUGGGUCUCGUGCUCUAAGUAUGAACCUUAGCCGUUUUACCCCUUUAUGGAAUCUUAUCUGAUAUUUUACCUUUUCAUUUCGUUUUACUUGAAUUAAACAUACUCGUUAUAUGAUCGACUGUAUUAUAUAUACCCUAUGCUGGUUGUGAACUAAAUAUGUAUUCCGUACAAGCUAUCACUUAAAGGCAAUAAUUACUUAUUUUAUAACUUCAGAACAUUCUUGAACAAGAUAUGUACGUACACAUUAAAUAACAACUUUUACCUGUGCGAUUUUAACUUUUACAUGUCGCAAUUUACCGUUCUUGUAGUUUUACUAUAGUAGUACUGAGUAGUCGGGGGUUUUCAGAAAGAGUGGUACCAUUUACUUUUUUUCGAAAAACCAUCAACUUUUGGGUUAUUUAGACUCAGAAUCACGGGUACCAUUGAAUAUGAGAAAGAAAAAAAGUGUCCCCAGAUUAUCAUACAAAUUUUAGGUAUCAGUUUUGUAACGGUCCAUACAAAAUGUAUGUGAAAAUGCGUUACAAAACUGUAAUUUUUUCCGGAACACAUAUUUUUUUAUUUUUUUAAUCUAUAGUCCUCCUGAUUCUGAGUGAGUAGUAAUAACCCAAAAGUUAGUGCAUUAUCGAAAAAAGUAAAUGGUACACUCAUAAGUGAAAAUUCCCAGUCACAACUUUCUCUGUAAGUUUGGACCAAAUUAAUUGCAAAAUUGUAUUUUUUUAUUUAUGUUGUUUAUUUUCCACAGAUGAGAGGAUAUGAAAUUCAAAAAUUUGGCUACAGAUCACAAUGUUAAUAGUAGAUACGUUACCCCAAAUAAAAACUC